AUGGCCGCCGCCGCGGCAGACGAGGACAUUGACCUCCUCAUCCAGGACGUCCUCGACGCCUCCAGGAUCCCGCCCAAGGCCCGCCCGACGAGCAUCAAGCCCACGGUCGCGCGCCUCUGCUCCCUCGCCUACGAGCACGGCCUCGCACCCGCCUCGCUAACCCGGCUGGCGGGCGAGCUGCUCGCGGCGCCGCAGUCGCGCCAGCACCUCGACCAGGCGAGCCUGCAGGCACUCGCGCGCAACCUGUAUCCGCGCGCGGGCGGCGUGUCGGCGGACGCGGCGCUGCAGGUGGUGGGCGCGCUGGGGCACGGCGCGGGGAGGGCGGCGCUGGGGGUGCAGGCCGCGCUGCUGCGCUGGCUGGUGCUUGUGUGGCAUGUGCUCGAGGAUGAGGGGAGGAGCGCGCUGAGUAGGGCGUAUGGCGUGCUGUUUGGCGUGCUGGACACGGCGGCGAUACGGCCGCAGGUUGCGCAUGUGCUGGCGCUGCUGACGAGGAGGAAACACGUCCGUCCGUUUCGGAUCCAGGCCCUGCUCAACCUCUCGAGGCAGACGGGCAACGACCCGUGUCUCGUCGGCCUGCUGCGCGUCUACAAGGACUACUACCCGGAGAUUAUCGUCGGCGAGGCACAUCCGGAUCCGAUAUGGCGCGCGAAGCUGGACGAGAUUCGCGAGGCGCACGCCCAGCGGCAUGCCGAGGCGCCGUCAGCGACCGCAAAAAGCGGCUUCAGGGUGAACCGGCCCGUCCAGCGGACGGCGCGUGGCAAGCUUGUGCCCAUCGUCCACACAUCCCACGCGACAGAGGACUCCGUCACGCUGGAAGAGGUCGAGGGCGUCGACGCCUUCGUCCGCAGCCUCGACCGGCUCGAGCUGCCCAACCAGCUCGUCGCGGUGCUCGCCGACCCCUUACUGCAGAAGCUGCUCGUGCUGCGGCCCAGCGCCGAGGCGGACCGCCGCGUGGCCAACUGGCUGGCCGGCGUGCUGCGCGAGGUGGCCGACGGGGACGCCGACGAGGAGACGCUGUGGGAGGUGCUCGAGGUGGUGAGGGAGUAUGUCGCGCAGACGAAGGCGCUGCCGCCGGUGCUGCUGAGCUUCUUUGCGCGCUUCUUGGAGCUCUGGGGCGGCGAGGGGCGGCGCGACCUCGUCUUGGACAUACUCGCCUACACGCCGCUUCUCGACUUUCAAGAGCUCUACCCGCACAUCUUCCAGCCCCUCGAGGCCGCCGUGCAGGACAACUCGCCCGACACGCUCCUCGCGUUGCUACGCCUCUACACGAACCUCCUCCAUCACUGGGUUACCAUCCUGCACUCGGCGUCGCCCGUCCCCGCGCACGCCGACGCGGCCAUCACGGCCCUCGUGCGGCACGUCAACACGCUCGCCCUCACGCUCCUCCAGACCGCUGGCACCAGCGGUGGAAACCACAACGACGAUACCAACGAUCAGAGCAGCAGAACCAACAGUGUCGCAAUCGAGUCCGCCAUCCUCACCUUCUACGAGCAGACGACGCCGCUCGUCACACACCCGACCCUCCGGCAGUACGUGCGCAUCCAGCUGCCCCCCUCGACGCUCGUCUACGACCUCUUCUUCAGCGCCUCCCUCGCCUCCGUGUCGCGCCUCUGCCGCAUCCUCGCCGCCUACAAGCGCGGCUUCGAGACGGCCAUGACGACGCGCCCCGCGGGACGGCGCGACAGUUCCGCUCGCGACAGCCUUGGCGGCCCUGGUGGUGGUGCCGCCCGGCUCAUCGACGCCUCCACGUACCCCAAGACCUACGUCAACGGCUACAACGGCUUCCUCAUGGACAUGUGCAACUGCCUGUGGCGCGCCCGCGCCUUCGGCCUCGCCGACGCCAACUCGCGCGGGUGCCUCGUCGCGCCCGCCGUGGUCGCCGCGCUGACGGCGUACGUCCCCGCCGUGGACCGCGCGUUUUCCCUCGCGUCGCUGCUGUCGCUGUCGCACGCGCCGCUGCUGGCGCGGCAGAGCAUCCUGCGGGUGCGCGAGCUCGAGGACGAGGCGCUCGACCGUGGUGGUGGUGGUGGGAGGGGUGGUGACGACGACGAAGGGAGCAUCCGCGCGCGCCACGCCGGGCCCGUCACGCAGGACAGCCUCGCCAAGCUGGCGGCCGCGGGCGGGCUGCGGCUCAGCUGGCAGGAGUACAGGAUCGAGGUGCUCGAGGCGCUGAGCGCGCGGGGGCUGCCCGGCGUGACGGAGCUGCUCAAGAAUACCAUGACGGUGCUUAAGAAUUCCAUGGAGGGGCGGUCUGCGGUGUCGCAGGGCACCAGCUCGCAAGCUACGGCGGCGUCGCAGAGGACGGCGUCGCAAAGAACGGGAAUGAUGGGGACACCGUCGCAAUAG